CGAAAAAAGGUGGAUCGGAAGUACCUUGUAAUAAUAACUGAUUUUAAGAUAUUGUCAUAGGCUAUUGGGCUAAAAUAAUGUGGUUAUAUUUUUAUGUACCAAAAAUAAAUGUUCUUUUUCAAAAUUUAUUGAUUGAAUAUUACUGAAAGAUUUUAACAAAUCCUAACCAGUAUUCACAAGCGAAAUAAACAAGAGAGAUAACUCCCAAAUUAAAAACGGUAGAAAGUCUGGUUCUCGUUAACUCAACUUGUAAACGAUGUUCAGUGAAGGCCACAUACUACCCUUGUAUGUUUGCGCAGACACAGAACUUUGCUUGCUUAGCUAAGGCUGCUUGAGUAACAGGUAUUGUAACAAGGUCCAGUCUACUAUAAUUUUUAGAGAGGAUUUUGAACUGACUUUGAUAUGAAAUGGAAGAAGACACUGAUGGGGAGGUUUCAGCUCAAUCACCAGGAAUGGACAGUGCUGCAGCCCAAACCUUGGGUGAGGUUGGCUCUUCUAAUGCUGUCAGUAUAGAAGAGUCGGAUCAAAUCAAGGACUCUGAUGGGACUAAGGAGACAACAACCAAUGUGUUGGGUGCAGAUGAAGUCACAAGGAAUGAGCUCACGGUUAAGUCAACAGCUAAUGAGCUUUGCUAUGAAGAGAAAAACUCCCCAACCUCGAAUGAAACGGAAAGCGAAAGUGUUGACCCUAAAAACCUAGAAAACAGUACUGGAUCUCUUUUGUCCAUUAGUGUGGAGACUGUUGUCAGUAAGAGUAUUACCAAUGAUGGAAAACAAACUGAUGAUGCAGAUCGUAUUAAUAGAAUUUCAACAUGCGAGGAGGUCACGGAUGUGGAUGACAGAGAACAAGGCCAGCUGAUAAUAGAUUCUCCACCACUGUCUGCAGGAGAGGGAAGUAAUGCCACUGACAAACAUUCAGAGUCCUCGUCUGGUGGACAAAGUAACCACACUGUCUCCACAAGUGAAUCUUCUUCUGCAAGAGGGAGUAGGAAUGGCACUGAAUCCCACUGUCCAUCUGCAUGUGCCAAUGAUAGUAAUGAAGCUGUCGCCAAGUCUCAACAGGACUCCAUAGCAACGGCCAAUAAUGCUGGGACUCCUUCCAAUAAUAAUGCAUCUCCAGCCACAGCUGCACAAAGAAUAUCACCUAGCCCUUCUACUCCAGCAAGGAAAAGAAGAGGUACAAGGGCUGCUCAAGAUGCUAUGCUGUUGCCAGAGGAUUUAGAACAUUUGCGGAAGCCAUUUAAAUAUGGUUGGAAGAGAGAAUUGGUGUACAGAAAUGCCACUGACAGCGGAGGGAACAGAAUGUGCGAUGUCUACUACUUUCCUCCAAAAGGCAGAAAAUUGAGAUCUAUGGUGGAAAUUGGAACAUUCCUGAGUAAAGACAAGGACAGCCCAGUCAAUCUGACCAAUUUUACGUUCAGAAAACUGGUUAUGUUUGGGCCUCCAGAUGAGGUUGUCCGGUCAGCAGGACAACCUAAAAAUAGACCUGUCGAAGGUGCCGUGAAGAAGACACCAGCUCCGUCCAAGCCGCCAAGCAUGCUUAAGAAGGCUUUGCUGCAGAGAAUGCCUGUAUCUCAAGUAAAAACUCCUGCGGGAAUUAAGAUUACUCCUACUGGGAUUAGACAUGGCCGGAUUAUUAGCAAACACGUGAAAACACCCGUCAGUGCGGCCAGAGAUGCUGUAAAGGCUGCCAUGAGAAAUAUGGUGCUGGCUCGGUCUAAUUCAAAUUCUGAAGGUGAAGCGGUAAUGAUUAGUUCCACCACAAGCACAUCAGGUGAUAGUACUACUGUCACAACAGGCCUACAGAACGUGAUCAUUUCUGCUCGUCCCAGCGGCGGUCAUGUCAGGGUGCUUUCUGGGAGACCCAGAAUCCGGCACCGGUCUCCUAACUGGGAGCCGUCAGACAGCUCGGCGUACUCAGAUUCUGACGAGGGGGGCAAUAAGGCUUCCGAGCACCGAGACGUGGAGAUUAUCAAAGAGGGCGUUUCUGCCGGCGACCCAACUCAGAAUGAUGAAGAGGAUGAUGUGAGCAGGGUUCUGGGUACUCCUUCUGCUCUCAUUUCCUCAAUUGUCAACCCACAACCUCAGAAACGCCCCCCAAGCACUGAUAGUACUUCCCUUGCUUCUCAGGUGUCUGGAGCAGGGAAGAUUAGGAUUAUCUCUGCAAGGAAUCCGAGUGUUGUCAGUCCAGUCACAAGUAUUCAGGGAACGCGGGUGAUGUUUGUGAAUGAGGAAGGCAAAAGGGUCGGUCGCAGAACAUGCAGCGUAACUUGUCGACUCAUGCCCGGUGUGAAGCCAUCAUUGGAGUGUCACUCAUGCCACACUUUGUUCCACCACAAAUGUGUGGGGAUGUACAACUCCUCUUGGAUGAAAGACAACUUUGUCUGCGCCACCUGUAAAUUAGUAUCAAACACCGUGCUGCACAUAAGACCGCCUGGUCCAACUGUAGUGACCAGUGCGUUGCGGUCACUCCUCACCCCAUCAGGUCAACCUCUGCCAUCUUCAUACAGGCCCGAGAGCCAGGCUGCUGUUCCAAGUGUUGACAGCCUGAAUGCUACCUCUCCAGCUUGCCCUAUUCUCCUCACAAUACCUCCUCCUCCUCCCCUGGCAUCCCGGCCUCAGUUCCUUAAGACAAACGUCCAAAACAUUUCUCAUCGUGCACCUGCUCUACCCUUCCUGUUACCCAAGGGGCAGCCGGUGAUGCCCCCACCACCACCACUAUUAGUGGCUUCCCCUGGUCUUAUUGCCCAACCACACCCCAGUGCUCUCACUGGACACAUUCCCGUUGUUAGCCUGCCUCCAGCCCUCAAACCCUCCCCUUCCAUUCGCCCCCCUCUGAGGUUUAGGCCCUUCCAAGGACAAAGUGUGCAAAUCAAUUCAGCAGGUAAAACACAUGUUGAACAUUCUGAAACUGUCAAAGUGGAUGGUACCAAAGAUGGUGAGGAUACAUCUCCUGCCCCUGUGACAACUGUGAGAGUGUCUUCGCCCUCUGUGUCAAUGGAUGACUCUUUACCUGUUUCCUUCAGAGCCCAGGGUAUGGAAGAAAGUGAUUCUGACUCAUCUGAAGAUAUUUCACCCCCUGCAGGCAACAUUCCAAUAGUCAGGACUCAGAAGAUUGUGAAAACUGGUGUAAUAGCCAAGCUGACUACAACUACAGUUGUGACACCAUCUGAGAGUGGACACGGCACUAACUCAAUCUCCUCCAGCUCCGGGAUGGUCUGUGAAGCAUCUGCAGAUGUGAGCACGUCCCAGUGUACCACAUUGCAUCUGCUCACACUUCCAAAGUCCGUUGCCUCAAAUGUGGACCUCAGUCAGACCUUGAAACUCUCCAUCAAUGAUGCAGACCUUUUUGUGUCACCCGAGCGUAUUAUUUCAGAGAAGGAACAUGUCAAACUGCUUCUUCCACCCGGUGCUGCGCCUGUGCUCGCUGACAAAACCUCUCACUUUGGCGUGUUUGUCAGUAAUGUGCCACCACCAGUGGACUCAACUGCUCCCUGUCACCUUCCAAGACAAACACCAACCCGAUACCUGCAGUCCUUCAGAAUGCUUCAGUCUAGUUACGAAAUUAUGAUGAACAUCUACAGUCAUUUAUCCACUGCUCAGCUUUUGAGGGUGAGAAUCGUAUGCAAGUUGUGGAACACUAUGGCCAUGCAGCCAUGUCUGUGGAAAAGAGUUCGCCUGCAAAAUGUUCUCAUAACUGACUGGGAAUCUGCUUGCAGAUUUUUCAUCAGAGCUGGAGUUAAAAAGCUUAGUUUACAGGGCUUUAGUUUCCCGAAUGGGGAAUUUCCUGACCAGAGCAACAGCCCAACAUGGGAAGCGAUCAAAAGGAAUUUGCCGCUGGUAAAGAACCUGGAAGAACUGCUCUUUGGUUGUGUCCCGCCGGAGGUUCUUCAUUCAAUGACAGAGAAGAUGCCAAACCUUCUGAAUAUUAGUGCCGACUCGAUCUGUGACACAAGCGUUUCUGGGGUUUACUCAGUGCCCAACACUGGCCAGGCUGUGGAGAUGAUGAUGAAAGCAGUUCAUGCCGUCGAGCAUUGCGCCAUGUCUUGUCGGACAGCAGCCAUGUUGUUCAAAGUUUCUGAAACAGACCUGUUGCACAUGGUGAAAAAAGAGGAGGUGCGACUCACGGAAGAGGAGGAGAAAACCCUGCUUCUUUACCUCAUGCGCCUGAGCGGGAUGGGUUUCUGUGUUUCCCUCAAACUGCUACGGAUAGCGUGCAAAGAAAUUUUGUCGCGACGCAACUCCACUGCUGUCCUUCCAGAGGUAUCUUCGUCGUACACCUCAGAACUGUUUCAGCGCAGCCAGCACUUCUUUCAUAACUCCUACUCUGCCGCCAGCUUGCAUGCUCAGGUCAAGUCACAUUUUGCCAAGCUGCAGGAGCUCUACAGAGACAUGGACAUAUCGUUCAAGCCUGAGAACAUGUUGUUUUUCUCCACCAUAAACAUCGAGAUGCCAACCAGCGAGGGAGACAGCAGCUCCAUGGUAACCGCCAUGGCCACCAUGACACGGUCAGACCUCAGCCUGCCCGUCAUGCUAGUGUGGAGCGACCCGCACCAUCCCCCCUCCGACUCGUCGAACCUGGUGAUGGCGUCAGCUGAGGCCAGUCAGCCAACGCCCGCCCUCGUGUUCCGUUACUUGCAGCUGGUCAUCAGCCGCAUGAAGGAGCGGCCCCUGUUGCUAGUCUUCGGAGGCCACUCUCCGGCUCUGAGUGAGAAACUGGUCAGUUUCUGCGCCUCUGAGAAUGUCACCUUUUACUGUGUUCCCCAAGACGCAGCCAGAUACGUGUUCCCACCACUGCUUGGAGGACCCCUGUUCCUUUUGAAAGAAGAGCUUGAGUCGGUGUCACUGACACUCACCCCAGAACGUUUUAUAUCUCGGCUGAAGCAUCAGAUGUGGUCGCCGGCCAGCGUGAGGAAAUACAGCAUCAUGAGAGCCUUCACCGUCACUGGAUUCUACCCGGUCAACCCGAAAGCAUUGAAGAAAUACCAAGAGGUUGGAAAACUGAGCGCGUCACGGGAUGAAGACAUGGACGAUGAAGGGGAGAACGGGUCUGAUGUUGAUUCCAUUCAGAGUGUCAGUAGCGGUUCAGUUCAUUCUGACGCAGAGAUGAUUUCUGAUCAGGAGGAACAGGAUACGGCUAAGCAGGAGGACACUGAAUCUUCAAAAGAGGGACCGCCAAGCGCAGCUUCAGCAUUACCUGAAGAGUCAAACAAAGAGAGUCAACACUCGACUGUUGAUUCUGAAAAGGAAAGGGAUAGUGUUAUUUCGGUUCCCUAUGGAGAGCCAUCAGGGAAAGAGAAAAUUGACUCUUGUGUUGACAAAGACAGUGUAGUAGGCGAGAUUCUUUCUGGUGGAGAGAAGACGGAAGGAGAAGUUCAUUCGAAACAGGAAAUGAGCAAAGUUGUGAAUGAACUUAGUGAGGAGAGAAAAGAAGUUGUUGAAAAGCCUCCAGCAGCUGAUUUAUCUAGCGAUGAUGACCUGUCAGAUGCAGGUAUGGUUAUUGAUGAAUCUGCAGAUGAGAACGGCAACAUUAGUGCCGAGUCGGAGGAUGAAGAUGAAAAGGAAGGCAGCAAGCAUGGAGUGAAAAGUAAUAAGGGUAAGUUAGUGGUUCAGAUUUUCCGCCCCAACUUGCUACAGCGUAAGGGUCCAACAAAGACAAUGGACAGUGCAAUGAUUGAAAGAGUAGAGAAUACAAUAAACUCUGUGGUUACUGCCAGCAGAGAAAUGUAUGAUCUGAAGUCUGUGCUGAAAGUGAAAAGAAAUGACCUUCAGAAAGUGGCUAUCAAAGGGAAUUCUGUUUCUGAGAAAGAACUAGACAGUUACUCCGCAACAAUAAAUGAAGUUGCCAAAGCAGAAGAGAGUGCAGAAGAGGCUAAAGAAUUGUCCCAUCAACAUAACAGAAGAUCCAUGGAGGAGGAAGAAGCUGAAGAAGAGCUAGAGGAAUCUGAUGAUGAAAGUCUAGAGAAAAGCAUAGAUGCAGAAAUGGAUGAUAGUAAUGAUAAAGAUGUGGGUGGUGAUGGUAGUGUUCAUACUGAUGAGAAUGAUGAGGCUGAGGUCUCAGAGAAACCGGAGGAAAGUGAAGAUGCACCUUCUGAGGAUGAGGACUCUACUGAAAAGAGGAAAAGAAAGAAGAGGAAGAAGUCUCGGAAAAAGAAAAGAAAGUCCCAUUCACAGAAGAGUGAGAGUGAGAAAUAUCAAAAUGAUACUGAUGAUAUUGUUCAUGAGAGUCCUGGUAUUACCCAUAGUGAAAAGAAAAAGAAGAAGAAGAAAAAGAAAAAGCGUUCAAAGAAUGAGAAAAAGACUUCUGUUUCGGAAAAUAUUGAUGCUGAUGUGCCCACAGACUCUGUACCGCAGGACGCAACAGCACUAGAUACACUUGCAGAAGUCUGUGAUACUGUACCAGUUGAGCAUAAAGAGGCUGAAGCUGAUAUGGAGGUAAAGGAGGAUUUACUAGAAGAGCCAAAGAUUCAUCUUGUUGACCAUGACUAUGCGAGAUUACCGGGGAUGAGUUUUGUAAAUGCAGCCGAAACCUCCUCUAUAAAACUUAAUGAAGAUGGAGGCUGCUCAGAAGAAAUACAAGGUGUGGAGACAAGGGACUCAACUCAGAAAGAGUAUAUGGGGACAGGGAGCGAAGAGGUUGAGAACUCACUUGUAGAAAAGGAAGAGUCAGAACAGCGACCUGUUGAAGAUGUAAGUAAUUCUGAAGAUCAUAUAGAAAAGGAAAGUGGUGAUGAGGACGACAAUAAAGAGACGGAAGCUAGUUCAGUGGAUAGCAGCAGCAGCAGCAGUAGUAGCUCUGACUCCAGCAGUGACAGCAGCCGCAGCAGCAGUGAUGAAGCGUCGUCUCAUAGUGAUAAUGACUCUGACGAUGAUUCAGGCAGUGAAAAAGAAGGCUCCAGCUCUCCUUCUGCUAAACGGGACAAAGGCGAUGACCUGAAAUCGGGGUCAGAUGUCAAAAGGAGGGCCUCGGAGUCACCAGUUUCAGCAGAAGAGUCCUCUGAUGAAGAAGAAAGUGACAGUGGAGAGGAGGUGGGGGAGGAGGAGGAGAGUGAAGAAGAGAAAGAUGGAAGUUCUGAUUCAAAUGGAGGGAAUGGGGAAGAUGUUGCGGAGGAGGAGGAUGAUGAGGAGGGCGAUGAAGACGAUGAUUCCAAGUGUCAGCUGUGUAUGCGUACGAGUCCACCGCACUCCAAAGACAUGAUAAUAGACUGGGUGGACUGUGAUGGCAACUGUGGUCGCUGGUUCCAUGUGAUCUGUAUUCUCAGGUCAAAAGCUAAAGCAAAUCCAAAGCAUUAUGUGUGUCCUUCCUGCCGGUGUAAAAGAUAACCGUCGUCAAUGCUUCCUUUCCCCUACCCACCACUUUGGGGUUGGGGGUUGUUGUUUUGGGUUUUUUUUGGGGGGGGGUCGUUUUUUUUAAUCUGUUUGACCCUUUGUGUGUGUGUGAGAGAGAGAGCGCAUAUGUAUACUUCUGCUGUACAGCAGUCUCCACUUUGCAUUUGGCCGGAGGGUGCCACUAGUAGUUCCUGUUUCUUUACUACUUUCCUCACCUCUGUUGACCUGUUUGUCAAAUCUGUUCCAACACUAAAACAUUAAAUAACUAGUAUUGUGAUGUGAUGCUCCCCUCUCAUCUGCGCUUCUUGCUGUGUUGAUGGUUGGCCUCUUCAUUCCGUCAGUUUUACAUAUAUAUCUCCCCCUGCACUCUCUCUACUUACUGGCAGUACCAAAAGUAGCUAAGAGGAAAUAAGAUUUUUUUCCUUCUUGUAGCUGGGUUGAGGUCCUUACACUUUGCAAUCGGAACUUCAUCCUUGAUAUGUCCUACCCAUUGCUGUUCUAAAAUGAAUUUGUUAUGCAUAAAACAUAACAUCAAAAUUAUAAACCAAUUUGUUUUACCAAAAGAUAUUUUUAUACAACUAGCUCACAGAAAGAAGUCUAGGAUAUAUGAGAGCUUUUCCCAAUAGGUGGGUACCUAAAAUAUAGCUCAGAGGGUUAAUGAUAGAGUUUUUAAUAUUUCGUUUUUACUUGAAUUUUUCUAUUCAUGUUUCCUCCUACAUAAACAUGUAUUAACAGACCUACAGAUUGCGUGUGGUUGGCGGGUAUUCUUGUGUGGUUUGCUCCUUUUUUCCUUUCAAACAUCUAUUGUCCUUAUCUCCCCUC